AAUCGUAAGGGGAAUUUAAAGAGUACUACCAAUCGUUUUAACCGGUUACGCGGACGACCACGGUAAAUUUACUUUCGAUUCAACAGUCGAAAUGAAGAUGGCUGCGGAGGUGAGGUGGCUUUUAAUUUUUCACGUAUUUUGUCUAAUUUGUACGGUCUUUGGUGAAUUACCCCAACGGAAAUUCGAAUAUAAGUACUCGUUUAAGCCACCGUAUCUUGCGCAAAAAGAUGGAAGUGUGCCUUUUUGGGAAUACGGAGGAAAUGCUAUUGCUAGUGCAGAAAAUGUAAGAGUGGCUCCAUCCUUAAAAAGUCAAAAAGGUGCUAUCUGGGUCAAGCAACCUGUAACUUUUGACUGGUGGGAGGUUGAACUGAUAUUUAGAGUAACAGGGAGAGGAAGGAUUGGAGCAGAUGGUUUAGCAUUCUGGUACACCAGUUCAAAGGGUGCUUACAAUGGUACAAUUUUUGGUAGCUCUGACCAAUGGAAUGGUCUUGGAAUCUUUUUUGAUUCCUUUGACAAUGACAAUAAACACAACAACCCCUAUAUCAUGGCAGUACUUAAUGAUGGCACAAGAACUUUUGAUCAUAUCAAUGAUGGUACAACACAGCUAUCUGCAGGCUGUUUGCGUGACUUCCGUAAUAAACCAUUUGCUACAAGAGCAAAAAUUGAAUAUUAUCAGAACACUUUAACUGUGUUGUUCCACAAUGGUAUGACAAAUAAUGAGCAAGAUUAUGAGAUGUGUUUCCGUGUUGAAAAUGUUGUCCUACCAAAAGGAGGAUAUUUCGGAGUUUCUGCCGCUACUGGUGGAUUGGCUGAUGAUCAUGAUGUUUCACAUUUCUUAACACAUUCUCUGUAUCUUCCUGGACAGUUAAGACCAGAUGGUCAGAAGGUAUCUUUGGAAGAACAACAAAAACUUAGUCAAGAAUACUUAGAUUACCAGAAGAAAUUAGAACAGCAGAAAGAGGAGUACCGCAGAGAUCAUCCGGAUGAACAUCGCGAAAAAGAAGAAUUCGAAGAAUAUUUUGAAACUGACAAUCAAAGAGAGUUGCGACAAAUUUUUGCCGGUCAAAGCCAAAUGUUUGAAGCGUUACGCGAGCUUCAUAGAAAACUAGAUGAAAUACUCGGCAGACAAGAACGAUCCCUAAGUUUAAUAUCUCAACUUCAAUUGGGAGGCGUUCCGGUAGGUGGUGGUCAACCGGGUCAACAGGUUCAAUUGAUCGACACGAUACGUCGACAAGAAGUCGAUACUGUGUUAAACAAUCAAAAUCUUAUAAUAAAUACAGCAAAAGAGAUUAAAUCCUUUGUAAAUGAAGUAUACUCAAAGGCUGAUACCAUUCUUAAUAAUCAAGCUCGAGCUCCAACCGCGCAGGUGCAACCAAUGGGAUACGAUUAUCAUUCAUUAAUUUCCGAAAUGCGAGAUGGACUUAAUACGUUGAAAAGAGACGUAGGACAAGCAAAUGCUAAAUUAAACAGCGGUGGAGGAGACUGUCCUACAACGAAUUGUCUAACCACAACAAUGUUCUUGCUUUUCGUGGCAGUUCAAAUGGUCAUUCUUUUAGGGUAUAGCAUGUAUCGGGACAAUAAAGAGGCCCAGGCAAAGAAAUUAUAUUAAUAUUUUUGUUUCUGAUUCUACAACGCAGAAGUAAGGGGUACAAAAACAAAUAUUUGUUUUUGCAUACUGACUCGAUAUUUUUAUCACUUGUUAAUGGUAUUCGUAAAGUAUGCAUUUUGCUGAACAUUUGUACAAUAAAUACAUUCUUCAUCCAUGAUAAACCUACAUCAUAACGUGACAGAGAGACGACGCUCUCAAAUUGCGAUAAAAGUAACUAUUGAUAAUGCUCAGCUUGGUGUAACUCAGUACUUUUAAUAUUUCUUUGAAAACGUGAUACUUCACAUUGCAAUCCACAGGACAUAGAUGUAUAGAGACGACAGAAAUACAUGCGAAAUUAAACUAAACAGUCUGAUUUUGUAACAGACAUUCAGUAAGUUUCGAAAUGAAACGAUCUUUAUUGUAAUUCGUUUAGAUGGUUGUGUAUAAUAUAUAUAUAGAAUGUUUCGUGCUGCGCGCACAUAUUUUUUUUUUUACUUAGUUUUGUUUAUAAUACCUACUUUUUUUUUAGAUAUUGAUUUUUUUUUAGAUAUUGGUCGACGAAUAUAAAAUGUAUAAAAAAUAUUUGUAUACACUUUUGUGUUGGAUAUUGGCAUAUCAGAUACCGAAAACCGAUAGCAUUUUUUUCCUUGAUAAAUUCCGUAAUUCUUAUCGUUUACAUAAGACGAGAUAAGUAUCGAUCCGGUACUACAUUCCCUUAGGCGAAUGAUCGUAUUUUAAGUACGAAACGCGUUCCAAACGUGGCAGGUAUAUAACAAUAAAUAUAAGAAAUCAUGGAUAUGGCUCUAUCGAAUUUUCAAGUACGAACACUAUGUUUUAUUCUCGUAUGUUGUGCAAACGUGAUGUCGAACAGAUGAUGCUGUACGAUGAGAAUGUUUCGUUAAGUGAAUACGUACUUUACAAGCGUAUACAUACCGUGUAUUAGAUAGCAACGUAGGAAGAAGGAGCUCGAAUAAUCCGGAAGCUCGGCGUUCUUCAACCUUAUUGCAUUUGUAAAAGUUUAUCGAAGAUUAUAAAUGUAUGAUAAAAUAUAUCUGAUAAUAAAACAACUUAUAAAAAACAA